CACCGACAGCCAAUUUAGGCCGCCGCAUUAGAAAGUCAAGAACAAGAAAGUUGAAUUUGCAACUGCAGAAAACUGGAUGGACACGAAAAACACGUUAGAAUUGAAUAGUUUAAAGACAACAAGAAGCAGGGGUCCGCUAGAAAUCCAGCUGACCUGGAGCGCUAUUGGGCUGACCCAGCAAGACACAUACAUGGGCUGAGUAGAAGCAGAGUUGCUGCAGACUGGCCUUUAGCUCUUUUUCAUUGAAAACGGACUCCCACUGGCCUGCUUUUGGCUUUGAAAAUAUGUUCCUUUAUGUGCCUGGAACCCCAUACUACCACAGUACAAUACUAAUAAUAAUGACACUGAAUGAAAAUCUCCACACUGGACCAAUUUACAAACACACAAAGGAACUGAGAUGCUCCUCAGCAUCUCAGUAUGAGCUUUGUUAUUGAGUUGCAGGAGAUGAGGCCCACUGCUGAUGCUUUAUUAUCUUCAGAAAAGAAUUUCUUAAGGCGAUGCUUGUCAGUUCACAAUAAUAGCAUGAUGCCACCCACACAAAUACAAAGCUAAUGUUAUAGCGUAGUCAGACUCUUGUGCCUGCCCUGUUAUUUAAGUGCACUAAACUGGGGCAUCUACUGUAUUGUUUUGAAUGCAUUUAUUGUGAAUCCAGCAGCAUCGUGUAGGUAGAAGUGCAAAAUUCAAUCAGUGGCUCAUCUCUACUGAGAACACCUGGUGUGGGGACAAGCAUCACGCUGAGGGUCUGCGCAGACCCCCGCAGGCACGAGGCUGUGAAUCAAAGCACCAGAGGUGUUUCAUCUCUUCACUGGAGUCUCGGUUUUUCAUCCAGGGUUAAGACUGAAAGGAUGACACUUCAACUUAUGGCUCCUCACAUCUACAGCCACGAGAUCCUCUCCCAGCAUCUACGAUCCAGACGCACGAGGGAGAAACCUUGACGAGGCGCAUGAGAAGAAAACCAGCAGAUUUGGAUCCACAUGCUGACUGCUGAAGGGGAAAGAGGCGCCUAUUGACUCUAUUUGAAUCCAUUGAUGAGAAGAUGACUGGUGAUGCUUCGUCGAGAACUACUGAUCGUUGACAUCCAGCGCUCCAGCAUUCCACUCUCCCACCGCAACACACUGAACCACGAUUAUUAGCCACUGGGCUCCUGGAUCGUUUGCAUACAGCACACAAUGGCCUCUGCACUGUGGAGGUGUCCAGUGUUUAGCUGCCUCUUGCUCCUUCUCUUUUGCUUUCACUAUUCACAAGGUUUCAGCCGGGCAGCCUUGCCUUUCGGGCUGGUCAGGAGGGAGCUCUCGUGUGAGGGAUAUGCAAUUGAUCUCCGCUGCCCGGGGAGUGAUGUCAUUAUGAUCGAGACGGCCAACUACGGCCGGACUGAUGACAAGAUCUGUGACGCUGACCCAUUCCAGAUGGAGAACGUCAACUGCUACCUCCCCGAUGCCUACAAGAUUAUAUCACAAAGGUGCAACAACCGUACGCAGUGUGUGGUUGUCACUGGCUCUGAUGUCUUUCCUGAUCCAUGCCCUGGCACCUACAAGUACUUAGAGGUCCAGUAUGAGUGUGUUCCCUAUAAAGUGGAGCAAAAAGUCUUCAUUUGUCCCGGGACUCUGAAGGGUGUAGGAGACGCCACCUUCCUGUUUGAGGCAGAGCAGCAAGCCGGGUCGUGGUGCAAGGACCCGCUGCAGGCCGGUGACAAAGUCUUCUUCAUGCCGUGGACGCCGUACCGCACUGAUACCCUCAUCGAGUAUGCCUCUCUGGAGGACUUCAAAAAUGGUCGCCAGACGACCACCUAUAAACUGCCGCACCGUGUUGAUGGAACAGGCUUCGUUGCCUAUGAUGGUGCUAUCUUCUUUAACAAGGAACGCACUCGCAACAUUGUCAAGUUUGACCUGCGCACCCGCAUCAAAAGUGGCGAGGCUAUUGUUAAUAAUGCCAACUAUCAUGACACCUCACCUUAUCGCUGGGGUGGCAAGACUGACAUUGACCUGGCAGUAGACGAGAGGGGCUUAUGGGUAAUCUACGCCACGGAGCAGAACAAUGGGCGCAUUGUGGUGAGCCAGCUCAACCCGUACACUCUCCGCUUUGAGGCCACAUGGGAGACAGCGUACGACAAGCGCUCUGCCUCUAACGCCUUUAUGGUGUGCGGCGUGCUACAUGUGGUGCGCUCGACCUACGAAGAGAACGAGAGCGAGGCCAGCAGGAGCCAAAUUGAUUACAUCUACAAUACCAAGCUGAGCCAGGGCGAGUACACUGACAUUCUCUUCCCCAACCAGUACCAGUACAUCACCGCAGUGGAUUACAACCCCAGGGACAACCAGCUAUACGUGUGGAAUAACUUUUAUACCCUGCGCUAUGACCUGGACUUCGGGCCACCAGAUCCUGCUGAAGUGCCAACCACUGAGGAUUUCUCCGUCUCGUCAUCAAUACCCAAGACCACCUCUUUUGUCACCACCACCGUGUCCACUGCAAAGGGGCCGGUUGACGUCACUGUAGCUGGCGCAGAUCCAAGAGACGGGAGGGACCCAUUUGAGGACAAUCGUGGCACAGGUACAGCAGAACCUACCGUCCCUGAGCUGCCACCAACGCCCAGACGCUUCUGUGAUGCUACUAGGAGGAGAGCCAUUGACUGGCCCCAGACCCACACUGGAAGCACAGUGGAGAGGCCCUGCCCCAAAGGAACCAGAGGCAUCGCCUCCUUCCUCUGCACUGUGGCCGGGACCUGGUGCUCAAAAGGCCCAGACCUCAGCAACUGCACCUCCCACUGGGUGACUCAAGUGGCACAAAAGAUUCGAAGUGGCGAAAAUGCUGCUAAUUUAGCAAAUGAGCUGGCACGCCACACACAGGGCCCGGUGUUUGCCGGAGACGUCAGCUCCUCGGUGCGCCUGAUGGAGCAGCUCGUGGAUAUCCUGGAUGCUCAGCUGCAGGAGCUUAGGCCCAGCGAGAAGGACUCAGCUGGACGCAGCUUCAACAAGCUUCAAAAAAGAGAGAAGACAUGCAGGGCGUAUAUGAAGGCAAUUGUGGACACUGUUGACAACCUCUUGAGGCCAGAAGCUCUGAAAUCCUGGAAAGACAUGAAUUCCACAGAACAAAGUCAUGCGGCCACAAUGCUACUGGAUACCCUGGAGGAAGGGGCCUUUGUCCUUGCAGAAAACCUGAUCGAGCCGGCGAUCGUAAAAGUGCCGGCAGAGAAUAUCAUGUUGGAUGUGUACGUGUUGAGCACCGAUGGUCAGGUGCAAGACUUCAGGUUUCCUCAGACAAGCAAGGGUGGAGCGACUCUUCAGCUUUCCUCCAACACGGUCAAAGUCAACAGCAAAAAUGGUGUGGCCAAGCUGGUAUUUGUGCUCUACAAACACCUGGGUCAGUUCCUCAGCACUGAGAACGCCACACUGAGGGGGAUGGGGGACCUGAACAAACGCAACCUCUCCCUCACUGUCAACUCCCACAUCCUGUCAGCUUCUAUAACCAAGGAGUCCAGCCGUGUGUUUGUGGCCGACCCUGUGAUAUUCACACUGGAACACCUGGAUAAAGAGCACUACUACAAUCCCAACUGUUCCUUCUGGAAUUACUCAGAGCGAAGCAUGAUGGGAUACUGGUCCACUCAGGGCUGUAAACUGCUGGAAACCAACAAGAGCCACACCACUUGCUCCUGCAGUCACUUGACCAACUUUGCCAUCCUCAUGGCUCAUCGGGGAAAUGUGGGGGAUGGUAGCGUCCACGAGCUUCUUCUUACCGUCAUCACACGGAUGGGUAUCGCCGUGUCUCUUGUCUGCCUCGCCAUCAGCCUCUUCACCUUCUGCUUCUUCAGAGGCCUGCAAAGUGACCGCAACACUAUCCAUAAAAAUCUCUGCCUCAACCUCUUCAUUGGCGAGCUCGUCUACCUUGUGGGCAUCAACAUGACUGAACCAAAGCUUGUGUGCUCCAUCAUCGCCGGCGUUCUCCACUUCUGCUUCCUGGGUGCGUUCGCCUGGAUGUGUCUGGAGGGCGUGCAGCUGUACCUCAUGCUGGUUGAGGUGUUCGAGAGCGAGUUCUCGCGCAGGAAGUACUAUUACGUGUCUGGGUACCUCAUCCCGGCUGUGGUGGUGGGCAUCUCAGCAGCCAUCGACUACAGGAGCUACGGCACACAGCGGGCAUGCUGGCUGAGGGUUGAUAACCAUUUCAUCUGGAGCUUCAUUGGACCCGUAACCUUCAUAAUUGUGGUCAACGUCAUUUUCCUGGUGGUGACCAUGUUCAAAAUGGUGAAGCACUCCACCUCCAUGAAACCCGACUCGUCCAGGCUUGGGGGUAUCAGGUCGUGGGUGUUGGGAGCAUUUGCUUUACUAUGUCUGUUGGGGCUCACAUGGUCCUUUGGCUUGUUCUUCCUCAAUGAAUCCUCCAUUGUAAUGGCUUACCUCUUUACCAUCUUCAACACUCUGCAAGGGAUGUUCAUCUUCAUCUUCCACUGCCUUCUCCAGAAAAAGGUCCGCAAAGAGUACAGCAAAUGUUUCCGUCAGUCCCAGUGCUGCGGCGCGCUGCCGCCUGAGGGCCCCCACAGUUCAGCCAAGACAGCCACGUCUCGAUCCACGGCCCGCUAUUCAUCUGCAACACAGAGCCGCAUCAGGCGGAUGUGGAACGACACUGUGAGGAAGCAGUCGGAGUCCUCCUUCAUCUCGGGAGACAUAAACAGCACCUCCACACUCAACCAGGGGAUGACUGGCAACUACCUCCUAACUAACCCUCUCCUCCGAACCCACGACACUAACCCUUAUAACAACCUGCUGGCUGAAACUGUGGUGUGCAACACUCCCUCUCCACCGGCCUUUCACUCCCCAGGACAGCACUCUCUGAGCAACAGCAGGGACAUCAGUGCCAUGGACACCCUCCCCCUCAAUGGCAAUUUCAACAACAGCUACUCCCUGCGAGACGACGACUAUGAGACAGUGGGCGUUAGAGCCCCGGGUGAACUGGGGGGCCUCAACCUGGACGAUGCCGCCUUUGAGAAGAUGAUCAUAUCUGAGAUUGUCCACAACAAUCUUAGGCCCCGCGGGGCCCCCAAAGGUCGCGACGGCCAGAGGGAGCGGGACAGAGCUUUGCCUCCCCAGACCAGGGUGACAGUGGACCGAGGAGGGGGUGGGAGCGGCAGUGAGGAUGACGCCAUCGUGGCGGAUCACGCCGAGGCCUCAUCCCCCCAAAGAGGAAGCGGAAUAGGAGGCCAUGCCACCCUGGAGCUGCUCCUGCACCCCAAUCAUAAGGAGGUGCUAGAGGCCCCCCUCCUGCCCCAGAGGACUCACUCCCUGCUCUAUAGCGCCCAGAAAGCCCCCAGGCGUCUAGAGGGGCAGGGCGGCCAUGGCUCUGAGACUGUUACUACGGUGGAGGACAUGGACUCCCAUUCACCCAACAAUAAUAGAGACUCCCUUUACACCAGCAUGCCAAACUUGAGAGACUCACCCUCGCCCUCAGCUUCGCCGUACCCCCCGGAGGAGGAGGAGGAGGAGCUCUCCCCAUCACCUCAAAGCGAGAGCGAGGACGCAUAUCAUAAAAGCAUGCCAGAGCUGGGUGAUGCUCCACAGCCCAUGUCCUACUACCACAUAAACCGAGGCACCAGUGAUGGGUGCAUCCUCCCACCCAACAAUGAAGGCUGCGCCCAGGAGGGCGAGGCGCCCAGCGACGGACAGAUGCAGCUCAUUACCAGUCUCUGAGCCGGCCAUCUUUGUUUGCACAGGUUUUAACAGAUGGGUCCUUUCGGUUGAUGUCAAGAGAGCCGGCAAGUCUGGCUCCACACUCUACAUGCCCUUCCUGUUAGGACAGGAAGUGAAAUGUUGUUGGGUGGGGAAAAAAGUAAUGAACAAAUGACUUUUGCACACAGAUCUCAUUAACACACAAAACACGUCCACCCAAGGCCCGACAAAUGUGGACUGUGAAAGCUCUGCUGUUGGACUAAAGAGGUGCAGAGAAUAACACACAGGCCGCUGUGUCAGAGAUAAGUUUGGCAUUUCUGUUGUUCUGUUCUGUCAAAGAAUAAGGGAUAAAAAAAUAAAUACACCAAGCAAAGAACUAUGAAACUCCUGUCAUAUUCCUGGAGGACUUUGCAGAGCCAGGGUCUUUUUAGUCAUGAAGUACAGAACUAGUGUGGCUCCACUACACAGUCAGGACUGUAAAGUUAAGAAACCACUAAUUCAGACUCAGGCCUUAUAUUUUCUCUAUUGCACAUUUAACUGUUGUCAAAGUAACAGCUAAAGAAAAUAUAUUUUGCUGUACCACUAGUGUAAAAAGUAAAAAAAAAAAGAAAUAAAGGGAAAAAAAAUAGAAACGGCAACCAUUCAGUAGUUAUGCCCUUUCAAUGUUAAUAAGAUUCUUCAAACAAAAUUAAUCAAAAUGGUGGAAAUGUCCUUUUUCCUCUCACACUUGACUCGUUGUAGUAUGUUUGAAAAUGAAAAAAAAAAGAAGAAGUUUCGAGAGAUAUCAAUCCAUAUGAAAUGAAAUCAUGCUCACGUCUCUGCUUGUGAAGUGCUUUUGCUUUCAUGAAUGAUGAGUUUUUGCCAGUAGUAUAUUUGUUAACACCAGGCCAUGCACAGAUUUGGAGUGAAUUGGAAACUUGUGUAAUUUAUUUUACUUGAAGGAAAUUGUCAGGUUUAAAGACUUAUGUUCGUGUCAAUGCGAUACUGCAGUUUUUGCGGACAUGUUUCAUCCUUUGACACUAAUUAAUUUAUUAACGUAGAAAAUGGGGGAAAAAAGAACAUGGUUGGAAAGUGUGAAAAGUUGUUGCAGCACUGAUUAGGUUCAUUUUAUUUCUUUUGUAAGAGCCCAUCAUCCGCUGAUAUUUAAUUCAACUCCUGUUUGAUAUCAAAUAAAUGUGAAAUUUUUUCUUGUU